CGAUUCGCCAAAUAUAUGAGAGUAAAUGUGGCGCUUUUUAUUGGAGGCAUUCCUCAGCAAACCGACGAAGAAUUGCUACGAAGAAAACGGCCCAAUAUUGUGGUGGCGACCACCGGAAGACUCCGCGGAUUCAUUAGGGAUCGCAUGAUUGACUUGAGUCGAGUCAAGCACUUUAUUAUCGAUGAGUUCGACCAUAUACUCGACCGGAAAGAGCGAUCCAACACUUUGGAAGACGUGCUGUAUAUUAAUAAAUAUCUGCCUAAAAACAGACAGGCGAUGAUGUUCAGCGCCACUGUUACCCAAGAAUUAAGAGUUAGGGCUAAAACUCUGAUGAAUAAUCCGUUGGAAGUGAUUAUAGGCGACGACAGUAAACUAGUUCUUCACGGCCUCCAGCAGUUCUGUGUCCGCAUUACAGAGAAGGCAAAAGUUAAGCAACUGUAUGACAUCCUGACGACCACUGACUACAAACAGGCCAUUGUCUUCGUGCAAAGAAUCAAUAGAUGUAAGGCUUUGUGCGAAUUGCUCUACAAUUUGGGUGUCUCUGUACUUCCCAUUCACUCGGAUUUAACACAAACCGUGCGAUUAGAUAAUUAUCAAAUGUUCAGGAAUUACCGAAAGCGCACACUUAUUACUACCGCGAUGUUUGAUAGAGGAGUAGAUUUUGAAAGAGUGAACCUGGUCAUUAAUUAUGAUAUGCCCGAGACCAGUGACCUCUAUCUACACGCUGUUGGCCGGGCCGGUAGGUUCGGUACUAAAGGCGCCGCCGUUUCCUUCAUUUCGGACGAUUAUUCUCAAAGAAUUCAAAAUGAGAUUAGGAUUAGAUUUGGCAUUAAAUUUGAGGAAAUGCCGCUUAAGAUUGUCAUUUAA